AUGUUAUAUCUUGUAGUAACAGUUACUGAAGGUAUUAAAUGUAUAUUACCUGAGCGAAUAAUCACAAUUAUGGAAAAUACACAGUUUUUAGAAUUGUAUGAAAUAUUUACCUAUGGACAAUUUAAUAAUCAAGAUGUUGUAGUUUAUGUUCGUCAAAAUAAGGUUGACAAAUGGGUAGAAGUAAGUGAUGGUUUAAACAGUGAUCUUAAAAUCAUGGAAGUCUUAGGAUAUAAUCAUGUAAAAUUUUCGCUUUUUACAGAAUCUAAAGAUGAUCUUAACGAACAAUAUCAAGAGUUAAAUGAUGUUAUUUUACAACUUGGUUACUAUCAAUAUGUAGAUAUUUAUUCUUAUCUUCCUAUAGAUAUUAUGAAACGUUAUCGAUAUAUUAAAAAUCUUCAAUUAACAUGUUCAAUUGGAAUUUAUAGGUAA